AUGGGGUUGUCGGUUUGCUUAUCUAUGUUGUUGUGUUUAUUUUUAAAACUUGCUAUCUUGUCUGAGAUUGUGGUUUCCGACUCUUUUACUUCUUUGCAGCCAUCUUGCCAUGAAGAUGAGAGGUCUGCUUUAUUGCUGUUCAAGGAGAGCUUUUUCAUUGACAAAUCUUCUUGUGUUUAUUCGAAGCUUUCAGAGUGGAAAUCUGAAGGAGUGAAUGCUAGCAAUUGUUGCUCAUGGGAUGGAAUUCAGUGUGAUGAGGAGACUGGUUAUGUGAUUGGCCUUGAUGUUAGUAGUAGUUGUCUUUUUGGCUCCAUCAACUCAAGCAACGGUCUCUUCAACCUUGUUCAUCUUCGAAGUCUCGAUCUUUCUGAUAAUGAUUUCAGUUACUCUCAAAUUCCUACGGCUAUCAACCAAUUUUCUGGUUUGGAAUAUCUCAAUCUCUCUUUUUCUGGAUUUAUUGGUCAAGUGCCAAUGGAGAUUUCACAAUUAUCCAAGUUAGUCGUCCUUGACUUGUCUCUCAAUUAUGUUGAUGACAAAGAGUUUUUGUUACCUAGAAUUUAUAAUUUUACAAGUUUUCUACAAAACUUAACUAGUUUGGAAAUUCUUGAUCUUAGAUAUGUUGAUUUGUCAUCCACAAUACCCAAUUUCCUUUCAAACUUUUCUUCUUUGACAUCAUUGCGUCUUGAUGUGCUUCUAUCCCCUUACCGAAUUCUCUGUCAUUUUCUGCGUAUUCUUGAUGUGCGAUUCAAUGAAAAUCUCACUGGUCAAUUGCCUGAAUUCCACCAAAGAAGCCCUCUUAGGAUACUGAGAUUGCAAAGUACCAAGUUUUCAGGAAGCCUACCUUCUUCCAUAGAAAAACUUGAUAUGCUUGUUAUGCUUUCAGCUUAUGAUAGCAAAUUCUCAGGGCCUAUUCCAUCUUCACUUGGUAAACUCACCAAACUUACUUUUCUUGAUCUUGGCAAAAACAAUUUUGGUGGUUAUAUUCCAUCCUCUUUUCAGAAUCUUACCCAACUAACUGCAUUACAUCUUCCUUUUACUCAAAUAAUUGGUCAAAUCCCACCUUGGCUAGGAAACCUUACAAAGCUAGAACAUCUAGAUCUUUCAAAUAAUCAAUUACAUGGUCCAAUUCCAGAAUCAUUAUCUAAGCUCAUCAAUCUUGGAACUCUCAAUCUACACCUCAAUAAUUUGGGUGGCAUAGUGAGAUUUGACAUGUUCUUCAACAUGAAAAAACUUACUGAACUCCAGCUCAACUCUAACAAUUUGUCGAUGUUCUUCGAUAAGACAAAUGCAAGUGCAGCAGCUCCACAAUUCAAGCUUCUUGGUUUGGCGUCAUGCAACUUAAAUGAAUUCCCAGAUUUCCUUAAGCAUCAAAAUGAGUUGGAGUGGUUGACACUUGUUGGAAACAAUAUCCAAGGUCAAGUGCCUGAAUGGAUGUGCAAUACAAGUCUAGACACUUUGGUAACAUUGUACCUUAACAAUAAUUUCCUGACAGGCUUUCCCCAAAACCUUAAAUUUCUUCCCUGGGUUAACUUACGAAAUCUUUUUCUUUCGUAUAAUAUGUUGAAAGGAGCACUACCAAUUCCCUUGCCAUCGAUCAUGAUUUACGAUGUCUCAAAUAACAUGUUGAGUGGAGAAGUUUCACCUCUCUUUUGCAAUAUGAGUUCGCUUGACUCCCUUGACUUGUCCAACAACAACUUGGGUGGCAUGAUUCCAAAAUGUAUGGGAAACAUCAGCAUUUCAUUAUCCGCAUUGAGUUUAAGAAACAACUCUUUUCAUGGCAUCAUUCCUCAACUAUCAUGCAAUAAUGAAAGUAACUUGCGGAUGAUUGAUUUCAGUGAUAAUCAGUUACAAGGGCAAUUACCGCGAUCUUUAUCCAAGUGUAUGAUGCUUGAAAGUAUCGUCCUCUCGAACAAUCAGCUGAAUGAUACGUUUCCAUCAUGGUUGGGGUCUCUUCCAGAAUUGAAAGUUCUCUCGCUGCACAACAACGAGUUCCAUGGUGAAAUUGGAAAGCCUCACAAGGAGUUAGAGUUCUCGAAGUUGCAGGUGAUUGAUUUGUCUUACAAUAAUUUCAUUGGUGAAUUACCAUCUCAAUACAUCUUCAACUGGAAUGCCAUGAAAGGUAUCAACCCUAGUGAUUCCGCAUAUUUGAAUGCUGAAUGGAAUUUUUCUCUUUUAAACAAUUAUAUGGUGGGAAACAAUGAGGCUUACAAAAUCACAAUAUCAACCAAAGGGGUAUUGAUAUACUAUGGAGUCAUCCCAGAGAUGUUUGCUUUUAUUGAUUUGUCAAGUAAUAGAUUUGAAGGAGAGAUUCCUGACUUGUUUGGGAGUCUAAAGGCCCUUCGGUCUUUAAACCUUUCAAAUAACAUGCUCACUGGUCGCAUUCCAUCAUCUUUGGGGAACAUAACAUUGCUUGAGUCAUUGGACCUUUCUCAAAAUAAUCUCAUUGGUGAAAUCCCUCAAAAGUUAAAGCAACUUGGAUUCCUUGCACGCUUCAAUGUUUCUCACAACAAUCUCACAGGGUCUAUACCUCAAGGGAAUCAAUUUAAUACAUUUGAUAGCAGUUCAUUUGAGGGGAACCCAGCACUUUGUGGUGAUCAAUUGCUAAAGAAAUGUAGAAACUCACAAUUCUCGCCACCUGCACCUUCAACUUCCGAAGAAGAUUACAACGCUGAGUCUCUGCUCAAAUUAGAUUGGAAAUUUGUGUUGGCGGGUUAUAUAACUGGGCUAGUUGUUGGAAUGGUUCUCGAUAACAUUGUAUUCAUGAGUAGACCGAGAUGGUUCCUUAAGAUGCUGCCUAAAAGGAUUAGUAAUAACUUGGAGAGACGUCAAAGAAAUUGA